GGUUUUUACGCACAGACCGGACUGGACUGUCCACGCGCGAGUUUCCACAGUUGUUUCCGGACGGAAAGAGGGAAGAGUUGAGGAGGAACCACCAGGAGAACCACAGAGGAGGAGGAAGUGAGAGGAAAAGUGUGAAAGAAGAGGCGCAAAGUGUUUGGAAAGAGAGGGAGCCGCACUUCUCCCACCUCCUCCAUGUCGCUCCCCGGCUCCCCUCCGCUCCUCUCCCCGGGCUCCGGAGCACCAACACCCGUCGGGCUCUACCGCUCUGCCCCGGAGGGUCUCCACACCUCCGCCGCCUCCACCGGCACCUCCAGCCCGGCCCACACCAACUCCCACCCGCACUCCCUGUCCCCGUCCCCGCGGCUCACCAGCGGCAUGCUCAGCGCCUUCCUGCCCGGACCAGGGGGCGCGCUCUCCGGCGGCGGCGGGGGUCUGGGCUCCCUGAGCGGGCUCGGCUCCAUGAGCUCCCCCGGCCUGGUGCAGAGCCCGUCCGGCGCGGGGCUGUGCAGCGAGUGCAAGCUGGUGGAGGUGCACGGCGUGAAGGUGGCGAGCUUCAGCGUGGACGGCCAGGAGCUGAUCUGCCUGCCGCAGGUGUUCGACCUCUUCCUGAAACACCUGGUGGGGGGGCUGCACACCGUCUACACCAAGCUGAAGAGGCUGGACAUCACGCCGGUGGUGUGCACCGUGGAGCAGGUGCGCGUCCUGCGGGGGCUCGGCGCCAUCCAGCCCGGCGUGAACCGCUGCAAACUCAUCUCCAGGAAGGACUUCGAGAUCCUGUACCAGGACUGCACGAGCGCCAGCUCUCGUCCAGGCCGACCCCCCAAACGUUGUUCUGGCGCAGGGAUCCAGGAGAGCCCCCGGCUGCUGCACCCGGGCCUCCCCGGCUUGCUGUCUCCCAACCUGCUGUCCCACACAGGCCUGACCGCGGCGGCCAUGGCCGAGCUCCAAAAGCUGCAGAAGAUGAAAAUAAUGAUGAGCCUCCAGAACGGCAAUGAGUCGGACAACGACGAUUUACACUCCAACACAGGGUUGGACCUGCCGUUCAUGAUGAUGCCCCAUCCUCUGCUGCCCAUGGGGCUGCCACCUGCGUCCGUCGCUAUGGCGAUGUCCCAGAUGAACCACCUCAGCACCAUUGCAAACAUGGCGGCUGCAGCCCAGCAGAUACACACUCAUGUGCACCGUGCACCUGUCAUCAAGGAGCGGGUGUGUGACAGUCCCUCUCUGUCUCCGUCUGUGGACGAAACCAACACUCCUCUGCAGUCGCAGCCCAGCAGCUCGGCCUCCAGCUCCCCCGAAAGACUCGGGUUGGUGUCAGGUGAUGCUGAUGUGGCGCUGACCAACUCUGCUGCUCCCAUCAAGAAAAUAACAAAGGACAAAGAAGAGUCUCCGCUGAGUCAGACCCUGCCGCCUGGAUUUCCUGCUCCGUUUCUGUUUGCUGACGGCCUGUCGUCAGUGGAGACGCUGCUCACCAACAUCCAGGGCCUGUUGAAGGUGGCGGUGGAGAACGCCCGAGUGCAGGACAAGCAGAUCCAGGCGGAGAAGAGAGAGCUGAAGAUGGAGCUGUACAGAGAGCGAGAGAUGAGGGAGAGUCUGGAGCGGCAGCUGAACUCUGAGCUGCAGAGCAGAGCUUCCAUCCAGAAGCGGCUGAAGAAAGAGAAGAAGGCCAAGAGGAAGCUGCAGGAGGCGCUGGAGUUCGAGUCGAAGAGGCGGGAGAGGGUGGAGGACGCCCUGAAACACUCGUCCUCGUCCUCCCCUGAGCCGCUGCACCCCAACAACAACACUAAGAAUGACGCUGUUGUAGCCGAAGACAAACCUGAGCUUAAUGGAAACCAGCAAGACAACGGCGCUGUACAAGGUACUUGAAAACACAACUAAACACCCUCACAUGUCACGUAUUAACAGAUACAAAACUGUACAGACGAAUGUUCAAAG